AUGGCACUCAGCGUCCUGUCCCCGAGCCUAUCCCGCCUGGGCCUGUGGGCUUCUGUAGUGAUCCUGAUCGUAAUUGUCUUCAAGCUCCUUGGCCUGUUGUUGCGGAGGCAGAAGCUGGCCAGGGCUCUGGACAGCUUCCCAGGGCCCCCUACUCACUGGCUUUUUGGUCAUGCUCUUGAGAUCCAGAAGUUAGGGAGCCUGGACAAGGUGGUAUCCUGGUCCCAACAGUUCCCCUAUGCCCAUUCUCUCUGGCUUGGACAAUUCAUUGGUUUCCUGAACAUCUACGAGCCUGACUAUGCCAAAGCUGUGUACAGCCGUGGGGACCCAAAGGCUCCAGAUGUGUAUGACUUCUUACUCCAGUGGAUUGGAAAAGGUUUACUGGUGCUUGAUGGGCCCAAAUGGUUCCAACACCGCAAGCUGCUCACACCUGGAUUCCACUAUGAUGUGCUGAAGCCCUAUGCAGCCAUAUUUGCUGAAUCCACACGUAUCAUGCUGGACAAAUGGGAAAAAAAGGCUAGCGAGAAUAAGAGCUUUGACAUCUUCUGUGACGUAGGACACAUGGCACUGGACACCCUCAUGAAGUGCACCUUUGGCAAAGGAGACAGUGGCCUAAGCGACAGAGACAGCAGCUACUACCUGGCAGUCAGCGAGCUCACAUUGCUGGUGCAGCAGCGGAUCGAAUCCUUCCAGUACCACAAUGACUUCCUUUACUGGCGCACUCCACAUGGCCAGCGUUUCCUGCGGGCCUGCCAGAUAGCCCAUGACCAUACAGACCAGAUCAUCAGGCAGCGGAAGGCAGCCCUUCAGGAUGAGAAGGAACAGAAAAAGAUCCAGCAGCGGAAACAUCUGGACUUCCUGGACAUUCUCCUGGGUGCUCGGGAUGAAGGUGGGAGCAAGCUGUCAGAUGCAGACCUCAGGGCUGAAGUGGAUACCUUCAUGUUUGAAGGCCAUGACACCACCACCAGCGGUAUCUCUUGGUUUCUCUACUGCAUGGCCCUUUACCCUGAGCACCAGCAGCGGUGUAGAGAGGAGGUCCAUGAGAUCCUAGGAGACCAAGACUCCUUCCAGUGGGACGAUCUGGCCAAGAUGACCUACCUGACUAUGUGUAUCAAGGAAUGCUUCCGUCUCUACCCACCGGUGCCCCAGGUGUACCGCCAGCUCAGCAAGCCAGUCACCUUUGUGGAUGGCCGCUCUCUACCUGCAGGCAGUCUCAUCUCUAUGCACAUCUAUGCCCUCCACAGGAACAGUGCUGUGUGGCCUGAUCCAGAGGUCUUCGACCCCUUGCGCUUUUCUCCUGAGAACGUGGCAGGACGCCACCCCUUUGCCUUCAUGCCUUUUUCUGCAGGGCCCAGGAACUGCAUUGGGCAGCAGUUCGCCAUGAAUGAGAUGAAGGUGGUCACCGCCCUUUGUUUGCUGCGCUUUGAAUUCUCCCUGGAUCCCUCAAAGCUGCCCAUCAAGCUUCCCCAGCUGGUCCUGCGCUCUAAAAAUGGCAUCCACCUCCACCUGAAGCCACUGGGCUCUGGGAAAUAGGCCUUCAGAGAUCACAGCUUAGAUAGCACAGGCUGUGGCUUUUUCUGGGAUGUUGCCAUCCUAGCUUGAAUGUAGAGUCAUCAUGGAUCCGUGAUCUGGGGUGGGGGGGCUGAUAGAUGUGAAAGCACUGACAGUCUCAUGGAAGGCAGUCCCUUGUAAACACAUGUGUCUAAUGACUCGAUGGACUCUGCAGCUCCUUCACUCCGCAAACAUUUGUUGAACAUCUGGGAGUCUUGAGAAACUUCAUUUGUUUCUCAUAACUGUGUGUCUUUCUAAAACAAACAAACAAACCAAAACCAGAAAAAUACAUUCCAGCUCUUGAAAAAUCUUGGUGAAGACCAUGGAAAUGUUGCCUUGACAUUUGUGAAAGAUGGAUGUGAAGGAGGGAUGGUUUGGAUAGAAGGUGACUCU